CCAACCAGCGACGUCCUGGUCUCCUUAGGUCUUUCCUUUUUUACCGAAGCUGCUGAUUCAUCCACAGACUGAAGUUGAGCUCAGCUGUGGGACUGGAGUUCUGGGGGGGGGCCCUAGGCUGCUCCUGGGUGGAGAAAUUGGGCCUCCUGGGAGGUGCCCUUAGCCUCUCAGGAUGCCCCAUGGUGGGGUCAUGGGGUGGUGACGGAGCAGGGGCAGAGCAUCUCCGAGCCCUGUCAGAUUUCUACCAGAAAUGCAAGUCGCGGUCAGGGUUUGGCCAAGGUCGCGGCAAGGGCCAGGGUGGCCCACCCUUUUUCACUCCUCUCUGGCCUCCUUCUGCAGGGUGCUUCAAGGAUGACCGCAUCGUCUUCUGGACUUGGAUGUUCUCCACCUACUUCAUGGAGAAAUGGGCUCCCCGGCAGGAUGACAUGCUUUUCUAUGUGCGCCGGAAGCUGGCGUUCUCCGGCAGUGAGAGCAGUGCCGACGGGAGGAAGCCAGCUGAGACUGAGGCCGAGGUGGAGGUAGAAGUGUACCGGCGGGACUCCAAGAAGCUGCCGGGCCUGGGAGAUCCUGACAUCGACUGGGAGGAGAGUGUCUGCCUGAAUCUCAUCCUGCAGAAGCUGGACUACAUGGUGACCUGUGCGGUGUGCACACGCGCUGACGGGGGGGACAUUCACAUCCAUAGGAAGAAAUCCCAGCAAGUGUUUGCAUCCCCCAGCAAGCACCCCAUGGACAGCAAAGGGGAGGAAUCUAAGAUCAGCUACCCCAAUAUUUUCUUCAUGAUCGACAGCUUUGAGGAGGUGUUCAGCGACAUGACUGUAGGGGAAGGAGAGAUGGUCUGUGUGGAGCUGGUGGCCAGUGACAAAACCAACACGUUCCAGGGGGUCAUCUUUCAGGGCUCCAUCCGCUAUGAGGCGCUCAAGAAGGUGUAUGACAACCGAGUGAGCGUGGCUGCCCGCAUGGCUCAGAAGAUGUCAUUCGGCUUCUAUAAGUACAACAACAUGGAGUUUGUGCGCAUGAAAGGGCCACAGGGCAAGGGUCAUGCAGAGAUGGCGGUCAGCCGAGUAUCCACAGGUGACACGUCCCCCUGCGGAACAGAAGAGGACUCCAGCCCAGCUUCACCCAUGCACGAGCGGGUGACCUCCUUCAGCACACCCCCUACCCCGGAGCGGAACAACCGGCCUGCCUUCUUCUCCCCGUCCCUCAAGAGGAAGGUGCCCCGGAACCGAAUCGCUGAGAUGAAGAAGUCCCACUCGGCCAACGACAGCGAGGAAUUCUUCCGGGAGGAUGAUGGCGCAGCUGACCUGCACAAUGCAACCAAUCUGCGGUCUCGCUCCCUGUCUGGCACGGGACGGUCGUUGGUCGGGUCCUGGCUGAAGCUGAACAGAGCAGACGGAAACUUCCUUCUCUAUGCACACUUGACCUAUGUCACUUUGCCGCUGCAUCGGAUUUUAACAGACAUCCUGGAAGUCCGGCAGAAGCCCAUCCUGAUGACCUAGCCGUGUACGGAGCCACGCAGAGCCCCGGCCCUGCCCAGCCCUGGGAGUGCUGCCAAGUGCCUACCUGUCCACCGCCACCGGGGUCUUCUGUGACAAGCCAGCGCCGGAGCCGCAGCCAGGCGGGGCCACUCGACUCCCGGGGCCAGGGCCGACUCCACGAACACCAGCCCAAACUGAAGUGCCUCUUUCUCCUCCCCUGCUGGCUCUGCUCCGCCCUGUGCCCACUUCCCCUCCCCCCAAGCCCGUCUCUGGAGAGCCCUCUGCACUCAGAGAGGACCAGAGACACCAAGCGGCCAUGAGAGCGUGCAAGGGAGCAGCCGGCGUCCACCACAGAUCUGGUGUUCACAUCCCGGCCCACAGCAGUGGAAACCACCCCACUGGGGCACUCAGCGUGUCAAACUGUCACCACUUUCUUAAGGAGAACCAGUUUAAGAUUUUGUAAUGCUGUACUUGAACUCCAGCACCGAGUCAGUCCCAACUUGCCCCUCCCCCAGUUUGCCACUUUGUUAUAAUAGGGUACACAGGGGGGUGGGGAGCACGAGAUGUGUGAUGGCUUUGCCCUGGGCUGGGAAUACCUCGCCCCACACCCAGGUCCAGAAAGGCCUUGAGCUGAGCAGACAGGCCCCGAUCCCGCCAGAAUGGCCUUUUGCUUCCAGCCAAAGAACACCGCCAACAUACACACCUCCAACCUGGAGACUUCCCGCUUGGUCUGGGAUGGAGGGACCCGCACAGUCUGGAUUCUGACUGGGCAGGUGGGAGGGCGUGGUAGCCAGGCAGGAGAAUGACAUUUCUGCCCAAGUGUGUCUGAUGUGGGGUGGGAUUGGCAUCCUUCCCAGGAAGGUUCUAGGUAGCACCCCCAUCUUCUGGGGGUGGGGGAAGGGGAGGCCGUGUCUUCCUUGGUUUCCUAGAGCUCAUUUCCUUUGACUGAGUGUGCUGGUUCCAUUUCUUAGACCUGCUCACUGAGGCAAAGAGGAAUUGGUUCAGAUGGCUUGCACGCGGCCAGUUUGUGUGAACGACUGCCCAGCCCAUGGCCUCGUCACAGCAUGAAGGCGUUUCCAUCUGUGAUGAGAUGCACUGUGCUCUCCUCAAGGGCAAAGGCUUCCUCCUGCCCAACUGGGAAUAAACUGGAAGCUGGGUCUCUCUGUUGCUAUGUUUUUUUGUUUGAAGUCCCCAGGAAUAUUGGAGAGGUUCCAGUGAUGUGUUUAGAGAUCUUUGUGGGAGAGAAAAGGAAGAGAAGAGGCCUGCUCUCCUGUCUGUGUUUAUUCUGCGGGCUCUGGGAACAGGGGACUACUUUGGGGCUUUCUCCAGAUUUUGUAUGUUGUUAUUAAAAGCGAGCUAUUGCAUUUCA